UACCGGCCCAUAUCUAGCAUCCCGCGCGCCUCACCCGAGCGCCUCGCCCUCGCAUCCCCCGACAAACCCCCCUCCCCCGACGCCGCCAACACCAUCCUCUACCUGGCCUACGGCUCCAAUCUCUGCGCCGAAACCUUCCUCGUAGGUCGGGGUAUCCGGCCCAUUUCCCAAAUCAACGUCUCGGCCCCAAGCUUCGACCUAACCUUCGACCUCCCGGGCAUCCCCUACAGCGAGCCCUGCUUCGCCAACAUCGCGCCACGCAAGCUCCCCAAACCCCCUCCAAUCGACGACCCGACCAAACCCCCCAUCGGCCCUCCUCCCCACAAUACGCUACCCUCCCUUCCCGUCCGCCGCCCAACUUGGUCCAAAGGUCUCAUCGGCGUAGUUUACGAAGUAAGCCCAACGGACUAUGCCACCAUAAUCAACACGGAGGGCGGGGGAGCGGGAUACCAGGAUAUUCUUGCCCCCUGCGUUGCCCUACCCCCUCCGUUCCAAAUCCCCGAGAAACCGCCCGUCCCCGAAAUUCCCAAGCCGUUUCUCGCACACACGCUCUACGCGCCCCGGCUGCCCGCCGAUCCGCCUACGGAUAGAUGGUACCAGAAAUUCCUGACACCGGUGCGGCGGCCCGAGGCAGACUACGCGCAGCCCAGCCCGCGGUACCUGAAGAAGAUCCGCGACGGUGCGGCGGAGCAUUAUUUGCCGGACGAGUAUCAGGCGUAUCUGGCCCGGCUGGAUGCGUACGAGAUCACGCGGCGGAAGCAAGAGGUGGGGAAGUGGUUGUUUUUCUUGCUCUGGUCGCCUGUGUUCGCUACGAUGUUGGCACUGGCGAAGCUGCUAGCGGAUGAGAAGGGGAGGGUGCCGAGGUGGUUAGGGGUGACGAUGAGUGUGUUUUUUAAUAUGAUUUGGAUGAGCUAUGAUCGGUUCUUUAAGAGCCGGUUUGGGGAUGGGGAAAGGACUAUGGAGGAUGAU